AUGUACCACAGUGAGAAACUGGCAAUUGUGUUUGGUAUGAUAAACUUGUUGCUGGAGAAGACUAUAAGAAUCAGGCAAAACCUCAGGAUUUGUGGAGAUUGUCAUGUCUUUGCAAAAUUACUUGCUAAGAUGGAGUGUCGGAGCAUUGUCAUCAGGGAUCCAAUACGUUACACCAUCAUUUUUGUGAUGGAGUUUGUUCCUGUGGGGAUUAUUGCACAGUAUCAGCUGGCAUUUAUGAUGAAUCAGCCUGUUAUAACUAUUCUCAACUCCCGUUAUGGAUACUACGGGGCACAAAAUGUUGUUAUAGAACAAAGCCUCUUGCAGACCGUGAGAAUGACCAAACACCACCAUCUCACAACUUUUCUCUCGAAGCAUCACCUCUUAGGCUCCACCAAAGAUGCAUAA